CAGCUCCCGUAGCGAGGGCAGGAUGAACGGGACGGAGGGGAUCAAUUUUUACGUGCCUAUGUCCAACAAGACGGGGGUGGUGCGGAGCCCCUUCGAGUACCCGCAGUACUACCUGGCCGAGCCCUGGAAAUACCGCCUCGUGUGCUGCUACAUCUUCUUCCUCAUCUCCACCGGCUUCCCCAUCAACUUCCUCACCCUCCUGGUCACCUUCAAGCACAAGAAGCUCCGGCAGCCCCUCAAUUACAUCCUGGUCAACCUGGCUGUGGCUGAUCUGUGCAUGGCCUGCUUUGGCUUCACCGUCACCUUCUACACCGCCUGGAACGGCUACUUCGUGUUCGGCCCCAUCGGCUGCGCCGUGGAGGGGUUCUUUGCCACGCUGGGAGGCCAGGUCGCCCUGUGGUCCCUGGUUGUCCUGGCCAUCGAGCGCUACAUCGUCAUCUGCAAGCCCAUGGGCAACUUCCGCUUCUCCGCCAGCCACGCCUUGAUGGGCAUCGCCUUCACCUGGGUCAUGGCCAUCUCCUGCGCCGCCCCGCCGCUCUUCGGCUGGUCCAGGUACAUCCCGGAGGGGAUGCAGUGCUCCUGUGGGCCCGACUACUACACCCACAACCCCGACUUCCACAACGAGUCCUACGUGCUCUACAUGUUCGUCAUCCACUUCAUCAUCCCCGUCGUCAUCAUCUUCUUCUCCUACGGGCGCCUUGUUUGCAAAGUUCGGGAGGCAGCUGCCCAGCAGCAGGAAUCGGCCACGACGCAGAAGGCGGAGAAGGAGGUGACGCGGAUGGUGAUCCUCAUGGUGCUGGGCUUCAUGCUGGCCUGGACGCCCUACGCUGUGGUGGCGUUCUGGAUCUUCACCAACAAGGGCGCCGACUUCACGGCCACGCUGAUGGCAGUGCCUGCCUUCUUCUCCAAGAGCUCCUCCCUCUACAACCCCAUCAUCUACGUGCUCAUGAACAAACAGUUCCGUAACUGCAUGAUCACCACAAUCUGCUGCGGCAAGAACCCCUUUGGGGAUGAAGACACCUCCUCUACCGUGUCCCAGAGCAAGACCGAGGUCUCCUCUGUCUCCUCCAGCCAAGUAUCACCCGCAUAGAGCAUGGACAGUUUGAACUGGGGUGACCUGCCGAGCUCGGGGACCCAGACAGACGCCCCACAGCCACUCCCUCG